GAACGGUCCGUAUACCUCGCUUUUUACCCCAUUAGUUAUACUGAACAUUUGAUUUCGAUGGACGGAUACGUGUCCGCGGCCUAUGGUGUUUUUAUCAAUGGUUUGAUUAAUGACGCUCACUGGUGAAAGACGCUGUUCAGCGUUUCAGGAAAUUGCGUUAGGCCUAUAAGUUAUAAGAUUUGAAAGGGUAUGCUAUAAAUAGCCUACUAUAUUAUAUUAUAGGUUUUUUAUAUUUAUUAAUAAACCGUACGCUUGAAUCUUUUAAACUUCAACUAGCUCACAAUCGACAUUAUCUCUCUCUCCAUAUACUGUGCCAACGCACUGCUUCUUUGAGACUGUGCAGAGCCAUUCUAGCAGGUGAUUGCCCUUAUUUGGUCAUAGCCUAGAUCAUGUGACCACAAAAUGGUGGAAGCUGCGAGCUGUUUGUAAGCCGAGCAUCUCUGCGGAGAGACGGGAAGAAAAGAUUAGGCAAAGGGAGCUGGGAGAGCCCAUCCAUGCUCUGAAUCAAAGCAGGUCAGCAGUUCCUGUGCAGCAGAGGUUCUUCCAGGUGAUGUGUGCCUGCCUCCCGAGUGUAAGAUGAGCACCACUGACAGAGACUCUAGACCAGCCCCUCCAACCUCGCUCCCCCUGCAAGGGGGAGGAGGAGGAGGAGGGCCGGCCCAGAGGAAGAAGCUGUCCGCCCCCCCCAUCAGCCUCUCCCUGGACCAGAGCGAGGACGAGCUGGGAGAGACCCCCGACGACCUUGACAUCGACGUGGACGACCUUGACACUCCGGACGAGGGCGAUAACCUGGACUACACCGACCACGAGAUGGACUGGGACGAUCCCCGAGCAGCCAAUAGGAGCGGGGCGAGGGAGCCGGUGGAGCCAAUCCCGACGUGCAGCGCGGAGGAGGAGCGGCAGGAGGGCCAGCUGUGGCGUGCCGUGGUCAUCGGGGAGCAGGAGCACCGCAUCAACAUGAAGAGCAUCGAGCCCUACCAGAAGGUCAUCUCCCACGGAGGUUACUAUGGUAACGGAGUUCACGCCAUCAUAGUGUUUGCCGCCUGCUUCCUGCCAGACAGCGAUAGCGAAGAUUACCACGAAGUCAUGGAGAACCUCUUUCUGUACGUCAUCAGUACACUGGAGCUGAUGGUAGCUGAGGACUACAUGAUCGUGUACCUGAACGGCGCCACGCCCCACCGGAGAAUGCCCGGCCUCGGUUGGCUGAAGAGAUGUUAUCAGAUGAUUGACAGACGACUCAGGAAGAAUUUGAAAUCCUUCAUCAUUGUUCAUCCGUCGUGGUUCAUCAGAACCAUCCUGGCCAUCACACGGCCCUUCAUCAGCACCAAGUUCAGCAACAAGAUCAAAUACGUGAACAGCCUGGAUGAGCUCCGAGAAUUAAUCCCCAUGGAGUACGUCCAUAUCCCAGAAUGCAUCAUUAGGCUUGACGAGGAGCUGAAGGAAGCCACGGAGAGUUCCAAAAUUAACAGUUUUCUUCUGGGGCCGGAGCCAAGUGCUAGCAGGACGCAGAACAAACCUGAUGAAGCCGGUGUCAGCCCCUCCUAAAGUCACACUCGCGCACACACACGCACACACACACACACACACACACACACACACACACACACACACACACACACACACACACACACACACACACACACACACACACACACAGAUCACCACAAGACUAGAUUAUGUUCCAGAGAUCGUCAUCUUUGUCGCUGUAUUCUUGAUGCUGUCAGCUGGGAAACUGAGGGCAGGUUAAGUUUGUGUUUGUGUCUGGCGUUUCUGUCACUCAAGACCUUGGAUUCACUUAUUCCCCGUUUAUAUAUUUAUAUAUAUAAACACACAGAUACAUACAGACGGACACAUACACACACUCACUCAGACAAAGAGUCCUACCCAAGGCAAGUUUUGACACAAAGAGACUGCAGUAUCUGGGACUUUGCUUAUAACCAGCGUAGGUGAAAUAACUCUCGCAGCAUAUUUCUUCUCCGGUACAUUGUCUAUGAAAUGGCCACAGAUGAAAAUGAUAACGUUUUGUGGAUCACCUUCCAUGAGUCGUUUGUCUGCCUGUCGAAAAAAAACGAGUUUCGUUGUGAUCGUUCCUCUUGGGGAUGUUGUCAACAAAGAAAAAUGUAGAAUUCUCCUCUGCCAGCACAUUGAACUGCUACCACAGACCAUCCUUGUUGGCAACACGCUUGGCAGAGUCAGCCAAGUGCACCGCUGUGUGAUUCUUUUAAAAAAAAUCCAAGCGACAGUGUUGUAUUUGUACGCAUGAGUGCCGAAGAUUUACCGACUUUAGUAUACGUGUGCGUGUGUGUCAGUCCGUUUCUGUGUUACUGCAUAAAGUCGGUCGUUCGGUGUGUCGGCGAUGGGUGCACUUAACCAGGGGAUAUCAGUGCACUAAAGCGGCUGAAAUAUGAAAACCGGUGUAUAUGUAACACAAAAUAAACAAUCAUUCAAAUAAGGUUGAUCCUGAUCGUUGUUGUUCUAUAAUGAAAGACACACAAUGUAUAUUUAUUCCACCCCUAGCCUGAAGCUAGGCGUUGUGUGCCGCUACGUUGUGUGUGUGUGUGUGUGUGUGUGUGUGUGUGUGUGUGUGUGUGUGUGUGUGUGUGUGUGUGUGUGUGUGUGUGUGUGUGUGUGUGUGUGUGUGUUUAUGUGUGUGUGUACUACAUCUAUCUGAAUACGUGAACCUGAGCCGUUGGUCCUCUAUGAGAGCAUGUUGGGUCCCAUCCAUGAGUGUUGGAGUGUCUACGUUUGGUUUGGGAAAGUGUGUGGACGUGUGUAUUUUAAGUGUGUGUGUGCGUGUAUACAGCUUAUAUAUAUAAGCUGUCUUAAGACCCAACAAUUAAACAGGGCGUUUCCGAAGCACAAUAUCCUAAAGGGGCUCUGCGUGUGUGUGUGAGUGUCUGUUUGAGUGGGUUGUGGGUAGUAUGUUUGUUCAUAUGUGCAUGUACCUUGUAGAUCAUAGAUAACCCCCCCCCCCCACACACACACUACUCUUCUACCACAGUUCACUGGGGAAAACGCCAUAGACUUAUCGACUCUUGUCUAUUAAAUCAAUAAAUGAUUUAUCUCUGACUCUCGGGUGU